ACAGGCCCAUUAGAUAAAACUUUUGGUGCCAGCAGAAUCAAGGGGUAUGGGGAGAAAGCAGGCAGUGUUACUGAUUGUGGAUGAUCAGCCAUGAUCACAAUGAAUGGUGGUGCUGGCUCAAAGGGCCGAAUGGCCUCCUCCUGCACCUAUUUUCUAUGUUGCUAUGCAAGCAAUGUGCAGUGGUCAACCAGCUCAUUGAUCGCGUUUGUUUGGUAUACGGAAGGAAACUGGUGCUCCCAGAAGCAAACCUCAUGGUCUUAAUGUGUAAGCUCCGUAAGACAGCAAUUGAGGUCGGGAUUGAAGCCGGCUCUGCCAGCUUUACCAUUGUGCUGCCAAUCUCAAUCAACAUUUAGUUUUGUUUAGUUUACAGAUACAGCACGGAAACAGGCCCUUUGGGGUACCAUAUCCGCACUGACCAAUGGUCCCCACACUAUCCACCACACUAAUAACACUAUCCUAUGCCAGGGACAAUUUAUACAAGCCAAUUAACCUACACCUGUAGGUCUUUGGAGUGUGGGAGGAGACCAAAGAUCUCGGAUAAAAAAAAAACGCGGUCAUGGGGAGAAUGUACAAACUCCAUACAGACAGCACCCAUUGUCGGGAUCAAACCCGGGUCUCCAGUGCUGCAAACACUGUAAGGCCACAACUCUACUGCUGCCCCAUCAUGGUCGCCCUGUAAAUAUUCUUAUCAGUGGAAAAAUAAGGCUAAUAAAUAUGCUUUAGACUAUCCAGAGAAGAUGCAAGAAAAGUCCAUAUAACUUUGUAAACUAAAAAUGUGGUCAGAUUGUGCAAGCUGCCUUAAAAUAUUGUUAGUUUUCAAUUUUCAUGCUUAUAAAGCUUGCAAUUGCCAUUUUUUCUCUUGCUAUAAAUAAUAUACCUACUGAUAACCACCUCAAAUACAUGAAGAUAAGAGGACCUUUAUUGGCUCAUGGACAUCAAAUAAAGGAUCUGAUUAAUAUAGAGAGCUCAAUGUUGAUUAACCUGCAAAAGGCCAUUCCAUUGUUUUUUACAAAUGUUUUCAUGAUAUCUAUAUUUCUAUGAACUUUUCGAAUGUAGUUCAUUACUAUGUUUGAGAUGAACGCAUACAAGCAUUUAUUAUAAAUCUCAUAGAAUCAAGUUGUACAGCAUGGAAAUUGACCCAUCACCCACACCAGUGCCUCUACCCAUCUAUGAUAAUAUCAUAGUAACAGUACCCAUCUAUGGCUUGCCUAUUAAACUCACUGUCUAAAUGCCUCUAAAAUGUACCAAUUGCAUAUGAUUCCACUGCUCCGUGCAAAAAUAAAUACCCCUAAGAUCCCUUUUUAAAUCUCUUAACUUUCAUGCCCUCUUGUUUUUGAUACCCCUGACACAUUUCUACAUGUUUGCUGGAGGAGUAGAGGUCUUAGCAGUGAUGGGACUGCAGACCACAUUCACCUACUCGCAAACAAUCUGGACUAAAUGUUCUCCCCCAUCUCUGCAUCCCUCCUGUGCUGUCGCCUCUUUCAUUAUAUAUAGCCACCUAUAAUUCAUUAUUUGUCAUAGAGUCAUUCAGUGUGGAAACCGGCUCCUCGCCUCAACUUGCCCACACCGGCCAACAUGUCCCACAGCUACACUGGUCCCACCUGCCCACAUUUGGCCCAAAUCCAUCCAAACCUGUACUAUCCAUGUACCCAUCUGUUUUUUACACAAAGGUAUAGUUCCUGCCUCAACUAUCUCAUCUGGCAGCUGUUCCAUACAUUUCAUUUGCGUAGUAGAAGCAUACUGGAACUCCUUACCUAUCUCUUCCUAUCAACCUCCACCCUCCCUGUAUCCACCUAUCACUCGCCAGGCUUUGCCCUGCCCCUUCUCUCUUCAAACGUUCACCCUUCCCUUUCCCAAUCGAUCUGAGGAAGGGUCUAUCCACAUUAUCCAGGGAUACUGCUUGACUCUCCGAGUUACUCCAGUGCUUUGUAUCUUUUUUCUAUAACAUUAACCUCACUGCCAUAUUUAGAUUAUUAAUAGACGUCGGGUUCUUGUGACCAAGACCUGAAGCUUUAUGACGAUGCCUCAAUAAUACUUAAGGAAUUCGCGAGCCAUAAUUCUACAAGACACGAACUCUAUUUAUCUCAACUUUCUUACAAUUCAUAAGAUAUCAUGUGAUAGGAGCAGAAUUCAUAUGUAAAGCAAAUGUGGGUAGAUUCAGAUCAGUCCCUUGAAUGUGCAAAUGGGCACGGACAUCUGCUGAUUAUUAUGCACUGCAGAAAUGGAAUCAAAGGUUAGUGUUAUUCGUUCUUCAUUGCUGCCUUAAUGGAAGUUUUAGAGGCAGUAUUGCUAACAAGUUAUUAAUAGAAGAUCGUAUUUACCUCUCAGCUUGGAUAUCUCCCUCUAUCUUGUGAGUUGUCACACCGAAUUACUUUGGGGGAAUGGUUUCUUGCCUGCCAACUCCAUGCAAAAGACUAAUAGUGAAUUAAUUAUCUUUCAUUUAGUUGAACAGUGUGUUCAGGUGACGUCAUGGGAGGGAAGAUCAAAAGAGCAGCCUCGGCUAUUGAUCCGACCCCAUUAGUGCGGGAGAAGAUAACCCUCAGUUGCUAAGUUUGUUGCUGCCUAUUUUAAUUAGCGUGCCUGCGUCCCCAGAAACCGAGUUGCGAUCGCGAACUUACACCAGACCUCUCUCGUUGUUUCUGAUCGCUUUGGUCUGUUUUCAAUUUGAGCUGUAACUCACCCAAGUGGGAGGAUACACCAAACGCACGAAUACCGGCGUCUUUUGGGGAUUAAGCGGCCACCAAAGCAUAGCAGGCUCUCGCUGUUCGCUUUGACUGCUGUUAACAACCCAUGACGAGUUAGAUGAACCCGGCAUUUUUCAGCGUGUCCCUAUUCCGGAGAAUGCUGCAGAACGUCGAUUUCCCUAACGCAAAUUGAAGACAUUACCAGCCAGUGCCUCCCAUGGCUGUGCGUGUGUAUACGCGAGCGGUCUGCCUCCCCGUGUUUUUUUGACCGCUUUUAAAGCCGUGUUGCGAUACAAUUACUGGAGGAGAUAGAAGUGAGCUCGCACCUCCGUUGCCUUGUCAAUACCAAGCUCCUUUGGAACUGCUGGCACCGACGCCCAGCGCAAGAGAGGCGAAUGACUCCCGCAGACGGUCUACAACAACUGGAGAUUGUACAGUUUCACCGCUCUCUGCCUUCUUGGGUGUCAUGGAUGUUUCGCCGCUGACUGUGACAUUGAGUCGCUGGCGGGCACUUUUACGGCAAAAUAGAUUUUAAUUGCAGCACCAAGAGCAGCGAGCGGGGAAGUAGCUCGUUGAAUUCUCGUUGAACCGCGCAGGUUUCAGCUGUAGUUUGGGUUUAUCUGGUCGUUCACUUGGCGUUUGGAAGAGUGGAACCGAGGGACACGUUGAUGUGCAUGUUAGUGAACGCAAAUGCAAGCAAAGUUGGCGAAGUGGCUUGCCAAGUGGGAAGCGGUCAGUUUCAAUAGAGACGCUUUAAUCUGACGGUAAAUUUGGAUCGCCAGACUCCGCUUUCGCGUAAUGUGCUUCAUGCAGUGGAUAUCGGCUGUCUUCAGCUGACAGUGUGUAGGAGAUGGAAGUUUUCGCCGCUCUGUUUGUGUCCAUCGCCUGGAUCUUAUGUGCCGACACCGUAGCGAGCGAUUCUAUAAUUCAUAUAGGUGCAAUUUUUGAGGAGACUGCCAGAAAGGAUGACAAAAUGUUUCGAUUAGCCGUGGCCGAAAUGAACACGAAUGAAGAAAUAUUACAAAAUGAAAAGAUAACAUUCUCGGUCAGAUUUAUUGAUUCCAACAAUCCAUUCCAGGCUGUUCAAGAAGCCUGUGACCUUGUGUCGCAAGGAAUCUUGGCACUCGUCAGUUCCACUGGAUGCGCGCCUUCUGCCUCACUUCAGUCGUUUGCAGAUGGAAUGCAUAUCCCUCACCUCUACAUCCAACGCACACCAGCCGGAACUCCCCGCUCACAAUGUUCUAUCGCAAGGAAUAUUAGAAAAAACGAUUACACCCUUUCUCUACGCCCUCCUGAUUAUUUCAACGAAGUCAUCCUUAAAGUCAUUACUGAAUUUUCGUGGCAGAAGUUCAUGAUCUUCUAUGAUGAUGCAUAUGACAUUCGUGGGAUUCAAGAGUUUUUGGGUCAAGCAGGUCAGCAAGGAAUAGAGGUUUCCCUUCAAAAGGUAGAGACCAGCAUAAGUAAUAUGUUCACUGGUCUUUUCUCUACACUUGGAUUCGAUGAGCUCAGCCGUUUUCGGGACAUGCUUCGAAGAGCCCUUCUUUUUCUCAACCCACGUACUGCAAAGACCUUCAUUAGUGAGGCUGUUGAUACCAAUUUGGCUGCUGUUGAUAGUCACUGGAUCUUCAUAAAUGAGGAAAUAAACGAUGCAGAUAUUCGAGAGCUGGCAAGAAGAUUGACUGGAAGACUGACUGUCAUUCGCCAAACCUUCCCCAUGUCAGAAAGCAAGAGCCAGUACUGUUUAAGAAGCAAUCAUAGAUUUUCUUCAGUUAUGUGUAAUCCUAAAGACCCCUUCACACAGCACAUGGAGAUUUCCAAUCUCUACGUAUAUGACAGUGUUUUGCUGCUGGCUGAUGCCUUCCAUAAGAAGCUAGAAGAUCGAAAGUGGCAUAGCAUGGCUAGUUUGACAUGCAUAAGAAAAAAUUCUAAGCCAUGGCAAGGUGGAAUAUCUACAUUUGAUGCAAUUAAAAAGGGAAAAGUGAAUGGAUUAACUGGAAUGCUCAGUUUUAGAGAUGAUGGCACAAAUGAGAAUGUCCUAUUUGAAAUUCUCGGUACCAGCUACAGUGAGGAGAAGGAUAGAGGGAUUCAACGACUUGGUCUUUGGAGUCCGACUGCUGGAUUGAAUGGUUCUCUAGUUGAUCAAAAAUUGGAAAACAGCAUGGAAGGAGUGACACUGCGGGUUGUAACAGUGCUGGUGACUCCAUUUGUUAUGAUAUCAGAGAAUAUAUUUGGUCAACCUAAAGAAUUUUGUGGCUUUUCUAUUGAUGUUCUGAAUGCACUUUCAGAGCAUCUUGGGUUUAAAUAUCAAAUCUAUCAAUCUCCUGAUAAUCAGUAUGGAAAAUUACACAAUAAUGGAAAAUGGGAUGGCAUGAUAGGAGAACUUGUUAACAAGCGAGCUGAUAUAGCAGUUUCAGCCUUGACAAUUACCCCCGAAAGAGAGAAUAUUGUGGACUUCACUGGUCGAUUUAUGGAUUAUACAUUAGGAUUUCUACUUAAGAAGCCAGAACACAAAGUUGACAUGUUUACCUGCCUUGAACCAUUUGAUCUCACUGUGUGGGCAUGUAUUAUUGGCACGCUGUUUAUAAUCGGCCUGCUUGUUUGCAUGUUCAGCUGGGUAAAGCCAUCUCCACUUCAAAUAGGAUCUGUGACAUCCACAACUUUGUACAAUGCUGCUUGGCUUGUUUAUGGAUCAUUUGUACAACAAGGAACAGGAGGUGAAAUUCCUCUGAACACUUUGGCAGUUCGCUUGUUGAUGGGUUUUUGGUGGCUCUUUGUGUUUAUAAUUAUCUCUACGUACACUGCAAAUCUAACUGCCAUCCUGACCACCAAUCGAAUUGAAAACCCUGUUCGAUCUUUUCAGGAUCUUGCCAAACAAACAGAUGUUCCAUAUGGCACUGUCCUCGAUUCAGAAGUUUUGCAAAUAAUCAAAACCAAGGGUCAAAAUCCAUUUGAACUUGAACAAACAUAUGCUAAUUUGUGGAACAUGAUGAACAAAACAAAUGGUUUGGAGAAUUGCGUGAAGAAAAUUCAGGAUGGGAUUCAAAGGGUAAAGUCUGGAAAUUAUGCCUUCAUCUGGGAUGUUGCGGCUCUAGAAUAUGUGGCAGAAAAUGAACCGGACUGUGCCUUUGUCACAACUAAGAAUUCGAAAGUCGAUCGAGGUUAUGGCAUUGCUCUUCAGGAUGGCAGCCCGUACAGGGACAUGUUUUCACAAAGCCUUCUAGAACUUGAGCAAAAUGGUGAACUGGACGGACUGAAGCAGAAGUGGUGGCCCAAAGCUGGGAAAUGCGAUUUGCAAAGCCAUGUUAAAACACAUGGAAAGGGAGGCCCUAUGGACCUACAAAAUUUUGCCGGAGCUUUUGUUUUUCUUGCUCUGGGUGUUAUUUUGGCUUUCGUUGCUGCCAUGGUAGAGACUUGGUGGAAAGGCAAAAAGAAAGGAGAUGCUGUUGGAGAGGAGGACAAUGAAAUUGAAAUUGAUCAGUUUCAGAAAAAGACAGACAGCAUCUCUAAAAUAGAUGAGAAUUCUCUUAAAUUUUCACCAUCCUUUGUAGACUUAAAUUCGUUUGAACUUUCUAUGAUACCAACUGGUGAAAAUCAGGAAGAAUUUAAUGACUUCAGGAACACUAAUUUGACCAUGUCAACUUUCAUACCUGAGCAGAUGCGGAGGACAAGCACAUGUAGUUUAUCAGCUAAGACUUUAUCUGGAAUGCCAUUGAGUGGCACAUCUUCUCAACAAACUGCACAAUACGUAUGCACGCCACAAAAUGAGAGGGAUUGUAGCAGUCCUUCAUCUUUUCUUUGAACUAAUUAAACUACAGCUCCAUGACAUGUGAGUUUUUGAGCAUUGUAAGGUAACUUUCUUUCCGAAUGAUUGAUCACACGAUGUUAUGUUUUGUUGGAUUAAACUGAUCACAUUGUCAAUAUAAUAUCUGGAAAGUUAACAAUCACUUACAUAUUCUGAUCACUGGAUCCAGCAUAAUCCUCAUUUCUGUUUUGCCGUGACCGUGUACAUUGUUUGAUGUAACAAUCUUUUAUUCUUUAUUUUCUAGUUUAAACAUUUCUCCUACCUAUUGUCCAAUAUCUUGUCCCCUAUCCUACGAACCAUUCACAGCCUAAGAAAGUGGAAGGUGACCCUCCUUAGUCUCCAUCGGGAUCUGUGCAAAGGCAAGGGGAAGAGAUGCCUGCAGAGAAAGUGCCUGGUCUUAGAUAUUCAGUAGACAAUGAAAGUAAGCUACGUUCACAAUUAAAUGUAAAGUCAAACUUGAAUUAUUAAAAAUGAAAGAAACAGGAAGAAAAUAAAUGAAUACAUACUUAAAACCAAUAAAUCAUACAAAGAUCAGAUGAAAGUAGAAAGAUGACUGACUUAAUCCCACAACUAAUUAUCUCUUAAUCAGUUUGGUUAUUAAGUUAGUUGAAGGAUAUUGUGCAUUGGCCUGGUUUGAAAAGUUUUGUGUGGAUUUACAUGUGCUGCUUAGUCUAACUGAAAUGCUUCAAACUAAAAAAAAUGUCUAUUACGUGAGUUCGAUAAAGGUACAAACUGAUGCACUUUAAAGAAGGUAAUAGACAUAGUGUUAGAUUUAACAAUUUUAUUACAAGUGAGAUAUAAAUGGUGUAGCAAUGAAUUUGCUUCACUGUAAUGUACAUAAAAUAAAAUUGCAAACUCUAUUGUUCAUAAUCAAUUGGCAGUAUGUGAUAUGGUCAUUUUUUAGUGAAGUAGCUUUAUGAGAAUUUUUGAAAUAUUUUCUAUGAAGCACAACUUAAAAUAAUUGAUUUAUCUGGGUAAAUUAAUUAGUAAACGUCUGUUCCUGUAUCAAAAGUUUCAAAUGCAAGUACUCAAGUUUUCAAAAAAAAAUCCAUAUAGUCCCAUCAACGGAACAAUAGACAAUAAGUGCAGGAGUAGGCCAAUUCAGCCCUUCGAGCCAGCACUGCCAUUCACAGUGAUCAUGGCUGAUUAUCCACAAUCAGUACCCUGUUCCUGCCUUCUCCCCAUAUCCCCUGACUCUGCUAUCUUUAAGAGCUCUAUCUAACACUCUCUUGAAAGCAUCCAGAGAAUUGGCUCAGAUUCCAAGAAUUCCACAGAUUCACUACCCUCUGUGUGAAAAAGGUUUUACUCACCUCCGUUCUAAAUGGCUUACCCCUUAUUCUUAAACUGUGGCCCCUGGUUAAUGAUCUGUUUCUCUUGGGGCUAGUGGAGUCAAGGGAUAUGGGUAGAAGGCAGGCGCGGGUUAUAGAUAGGGGACGAUCAGCCAUGAUCACAAUGAAUGGUGGUGCUGGCUCGAAGGGCCAAAUGGCCUCCUCCUGCACCUAUUUUCUAUGUUUCUAUGUUUCUAUGAUGAUGACAUUGAAAGGGUGAGCUAGGUGGCAGCAUGUUGCUAUAUCAGAUACAGAGCAAAUCUUGUUUAAAUUUUUCUCCUAUUGUCCAAUCACUUGUCCCCUAUCCUAUGAAUCAUUCACAGCCUGUCUGUAAAAUCUGUCAAGUUAUUCACAAAAUCUAGCCAUAAUAGUUAUUUAAAACAUGCAGUGAUAAUCUUAUUGUAACUACCAAGUCACUUCUACAUAGUACUGAUUUAUUUCUAAUAAACAAACUUUAAAGAGAAUGUAGGCAAGAUGAUCACAACCAUUGAACAAUUAUAGACACAAAGUGCUGGAGUAACUCAAAGGGUCAGGCAGCAGUUCUGGAGAAAAAGGAUGGGCCAUUUUUUGGGUUGGGACUCUUCUCCAGA